AUGUGUUUACAAUGGGACUUCUGCUCCUGGGACUUCUGCUCCUGGGCCUCUGCACGUGGCGUCUGGGGAUCGGGGCUGUGCGAGGUCACUUUCAUCUUUGCGCAGGACUGUGGGCUGUCAUCUGUGAGGCGCCAAAGUCUUGUGAACCUGUGCCUACUGUCCAUUACAGUAAGUGCUGCCAGAAGCUUCGAGGAGGGGUGGGAAGGAAAAAGGAACUACUAUACAGGAUUCCCCGUCCGGAGUGUGGAUAUGCAGAGAGCCACCGACAACAUCACUAUCCGACAGGGCGACACGGCGAUUAUAAGGUGUUAUGUUGAUGACAAAGUCUCCAAGGUGGCUUGGCUCAAUAGAUCCAACAUCAUCUUUGCCGGCCAGGACAAGUGGUCCCUGGACCCCAGAGUAGAUCUGGUCACUAAAGGACAGCUGGAGUACAGCCUGCGCAUACAAAAGGUGGAUGUGUAUGAUGAAGGCUCGUACACCUGCUCCAUACAGACUAAGCAGCAGCCCAAGACCUCACAGGUCUACCUCAUUGUACAAGUUCCAGCCAGUAUCUACCAAGUGUCAAAUGACAUUACGGUGAAUGAGGGCAGUAACGUGACACUCAGUUGUUUGGCCAAUGGCAGACCAGAUCCUGCAAUCACUUGGCGACUGCUCAACCCAUCAGCCGAGCCGUUGGACGGAGAAGAGUACCUGGACAUUAUAGGCAUCAUGCGAACCCAAGCAGGCCGCUAUGAAUGUAAGGCCAGCAACGACGUCGCCACUCCCGAUGUCAAAUACGUCAAUGUGAUUGUCAACUAUCCUCCAACAAUAAAGAAAACCCAGAGCUCCGAGACUCCCGUGGGCCGCAACGGGACACUGCGAUGUGAAGUAACCGCAGUCCCCACACCAGAGUUCGAAUGGUACAGAGACGAUAAAAGGCUGGCUAAUACCCAGAGCAUCACCAUCCAAACUUCUGGAACUACCACUAGUCUCACGAUUGCCAACAUCACUGAAGAGGAUUAUGGGAACUAUACCUGCGUGGCCUCAAACCGACUGGGCGUCCAGAAUGCCAGCCUUUUCCUCUAUAAUCGAGGAAUAAACAACGCUCGUAAAUGGUUCAGCCUGAAGAAUCGCGAAGCUGCGCAGGGCCGCGGAGCCGGGUGA